AUGCCCCGCACCUCAUUGUUCAGAGGUCUUGCCCGCCCUCAGACGACUGGAAAGUUUGCUCUUACAUCCCCAAAACCCCUCCCGUGUUGGCAGUCGAUAUCCCAUUCCCGCCGUCACUACCUCUCUCCAGCAGUACAAGCACACCAAGCUCGCAAGAUGGCUCCCCAACUUGACGGCUACUUCAAGCAGGUCGAUGCCGACGCCGACCACUUCAUCGAGCGCCUCCGCAAGGCUGUUGCGAUCCCCUCCAUUUCUGCCGAAGUCGAGCGCCGCCCCGAUGUCGUCAAGAUGGGCGAAUGGCUCGCUGCCGAGCUGAAGGCCCUCGGCGCCUCUGUCGAGCUUCGACCUCUCGGCGAGCAGCCCGACAAGCCCGGCCUGCAGCUGCCCCCCGUCGUUCUUGGAAGAUACGGAAGCGACAAGAACAAGCGUACCAUCCUGGUCUACGGCCACUACGAUGUUCAGCCCGCCGAGAAGAGCGACGGCUGGGCGACGGAGCCUUUUGAGCUGUCCGUCGAUGACAAGGGCAGGAUGUUCGGUCGUGGUGCCACCGACGACAAGGGUCCUGUGCUUGGCUGGUUGAACGCCAUCGAGGCUCACCAGAAGGCCGGUAUCGAUUUCCCCGUCAACCUCCUCAUGUGCUUUGAGGGCAUGGAGGAGUACGGCUCUGAGGGUCUUGACGACCUUAUCAACGCCGAGGCCAAGAAGUACUUUGCCGACGCCGACGCCGUCUGCAUUUCUGACAACUACUGGCUCGGAACCGAGAAGCCCUGCCUGACCUACGGUCUCCGUGGCUGCAACUACUACUCCGUCGAGAUCUCUGGUCCCGGCGCUGACCUGCACAGCGGUGUCUUCGGCGGUACUGCCCAGGAGCCAAUGACCGACUUGGUUCGUGUCCUUGGCUCCCUGGUCGACACGAACGGCAAGAUUCAGAUUCCUGGCAUCAACGACCAGGUUGCUCCUGUGACCAAGGAGGAAGAGAACCUGUACGAGGGCAUUGCCUUCACCAUGGACAAUCUCCACGAGUCCCUUGGCAGCAAGACCACCAUCUUUGAGGACAAGAAGCCCACACUCAUGGCCAGAUGGCGCUACCCGUCUCUCUCCCUCCACGGUAUCGAGGGUGCCUUCUCCGCCCCCGGCGCGAAGACUGUCAUUCCCGCCAAGGUGACUGGCAAGUUCUCCAUCCGCACCGUGCCGAACAUGGAGAUCGACGCCACCAAUGAGGUCGUCUACAAGUACGUCAAUGAGCAAUUCGCGAAGCUCAAGAGCAAAAACACCCUGAAGGUCUGGGCUCAGCACACUGGCAAGUGGUGGGUUGCGUCGCCCAAGCACUGGAACUUCUCCGCCGCCGCCAAGGCCACCGAGCGGGUCUGGGGCGUGGAGCCUGACUUCACUCGCGAGGGUGGAAGCAUUCCCGUCACCCUGACUUUUGAGCAGGCCACUGGCAAGAAUGUUCUCCUCCUGCCCAUGGGUAGCUCCACUGACGGCGCCCACUCUAUCAACGAGAAGCUGGACAAGCGCAACUACAUCGAGGGCAUCAAGCUCCUCGGCGCCUACCUGCACUACGUUGCUGAGGAGCCCAUUGAAUAA